AUGGGCAAGGACGCAGCACCGAAGAACUGGCCAGCAUCCAUACCCUACCUCUCACAGGCCUCUUCUUCGCCUCAUAUCACAGAAGCACAACACAGUUCCCUCAGAACGAGACCCGUAGACCUCGCUACCGAGAUCCCCUCCCACCUCCCCAGGGGCCCUUCUCCCCUUGUGAAGAUUACCUUGAUAAACACACCCUCACAUCCGGCAAAGGGGCAGGCCGGACUUUUUGCGGCGCGGCAUCUCUCGCCGGGGUCGCUCAUAGUGCCAUACUAUGACCGGGAUGCGGGUCUGGCCGUCGACGCCGAGAAGGCAGGCAACGAAGCGCGGUUCGUCAACGACUAUCGUGGCAUUGCGGAGCGGCCCAAUGCCGAGUUCAGAGAAUCGUGGGAUGUGCGAAGCCGCCAGAUUUGCAUGGCCGUGUUCGUGCUGCCGGCAUCUAAAAACGCAGUGAAAAAAGGGGAUGGCCCAGGCAUCGCAAAAGGGGACGAGAUAUUGGUGAGCUACGGCAAGGGAUUCUGGGGAAAGAGGAAAGACACGCACAAGCUCACGGACGAUACAGAGGCUACAGGCCCUGCAUCGUGA